CAUGAUCUUGCUCCUCUUCUUGUUUGGUCUGGCUCUGGGUGCUCCUUCUGAGUCUCCUUCUGAUGACAAUGAAGUGACGCAACAACCUGGUGAACGGAAAUUUAAACUGCAACGUGGAGCCUGUCCCAUGUUCUGGUGGAGCUUCAACGGCCGCUGCUACAAAUAUGUCGCCACCCGCAUGGCCUGGGCUGAUGCAGAAGUCUACUGUUUGUCACAGGGAGCCAACCUGGUGUCCAUCCGCAAUACAGAGGAACAGAGUUUUGUGAAAAACCUGAUCAUGAACUUUGACCACGCCGAGGGACACACCUGGAUUGGACUCAGUGACAAGCAUAAAGAAGACACUUGGAUGUGGUCCGAUGGAUGUCCAGUGCGUUUUGUCUACUGGAGUCCAACAGAACCUAAUAAUCAGGGAGGAAAUGAACACUGUGUUCACACCAAUGUAGUACCAGAUAAGAAAUGGAAUGACUACUCGUGUGCUACCAAUUUACCUUAUGUUUGUGCAACACGCAUUACCUGUCCUUAGACCCACUGAACCCUCUGUUCCUGCUAGUGCAAUGCUACAAUAAAGAUGUGAAUGCA